GACUUCUACAAUACAAAUACAUACAUGUGCAUACACCAAUGAGAUUGUGUUACCGUCGGUGUCGGGAUAGUAGAGAGCCGGACUCCGGAGUAGGCUUCGUUAAAUUUCAUGGACGAAUGACUGAGGCACGGAACGGAUAAGAGCGGUGGAAAAAGUGGACGUACGCAGUGCGAAUACAACCGUCCAUCGUGUGGAUCCGCAGGAGCAACAGCGACGACGAGAAUGAGCGAACUUGUUUGGGGGAUAAAAAACGGCGAUCUCGAACAAGUACGAGACAUCGUCGAGAACAAGAACAUUGAUGUUAAUCAAAUGAUUGAUGGAAGAACACCAUUGCAUUAUGCAGCGGAUUAUGGUCAAAAUGAAGUUGUAAGAUAUUUAUUAGAGAAAGGAGCAAAUGCCAAUGCCACAGAUAAGCAUGGAAUCACGACGUUGCUAGCAGCAAUCUGGGAGGGGCACACAAACUGUGUAAAAUUGCUGUUAGAGAAAGGUGCUAAACCAGAUGGUUUAACACCAGAUGGCACAAGCUAUCUGGAUGCAGCUGAGAAAGAUGAGAUUAAACAGCUCCUGAAACUCCACUAGCAUAAAGCCAAACAAAAUGUGGAAUUAUAAUUUUGUUACUUUAGUAAUGUUCCUCCUUAUAGAGAGAGACUAUUCUACCAGCUUUGUUUUGAUUUCUCGCCUAUGAUGACUAGAGUGUCGUAUUUAAACGCUCCAAAUUAAAUAAACAUAGCUAUAUGGAUGCUGUUUUAUAAUAAUAAUAAUAAUAAUAAUAAUAAUAAUAAUAAUAAUAAUAGUAAUAAUAAUAAUAACAAUAACAUUAAACUGCAUGUCGAAAAAUAAUGAAAAGCUCGUAUUCUUCUUGCGAUAAUUCUUCAUGGUUCUAAAUAUACACAUAAGUUACAGAUUUAAAAAUAUUAUUCUUUCUGAGAAAAGUUAUAGAAGUUAGUUUAGUUUAAACUUAUAAUCGUGUGUGUAUGUGUGUGCGCGCGUGUGUGUGUGUGUGUGUGUGUGUGUGUGUGAUACACAUACAAUGUAAUUUUGAUAUAUAUUUUGAUCUAUUCUAUAAGACAUAUUUGUUAUUAAUUUAUAAAUCCUGAACUUUUUUAUACAUUUUUAUCAGUCGCUUGAAGCAUAUAUUAUUCCAUUUUAAAUCCGAUAUUUUAAUAACGUCGACGGGAUCUUUUAUACUCUUAAGCAAAAUGCCGAAACUCUCCUCUUUAAUCUUACUUGUGCGAGUUGAAUUUUGAACGACGUAUGUAUAAAUUGCGAAAAAGUAGUAUGUUUGCAAAGGUAUCAACGUGUAACAAUGUGUCUAAUGGAUGCUAAAAAUGUACAAGAAUCAAAAGUAAUAAGCAAAUACAUCAUUGUUAUGAA